GCCUUACUUUAUCUCAGAGUCUCUCGUUGUCCGAUUCAGCUGAAGUCCUCAGGAGCGGAGCUAAGAGACGAAUUAAGCAUGGCAACCUCCGGCUUACAGAUCGGCGGAUUCCUGUUAGGACUCAUCGGAGUGGCUGCGGUCAUUGCCGCCACCGCCAUGAACAACUGGAGCACGCAGGACCGCCAAGGCGAUGUCGUCACCGCCGUGUACACGUACAAGGGCCUGUGGCAGGACUGCGAGGUGUCCACGUCUGGCUUCACCGAGUGCCGGCCACUCUACGGCCUUCUGGGAUACUCAGGUCAGUUCCAGGCGGUGAGAGCGAUGAUGAUAGUCGGCGUUCUCCUGGGAUUGAUUGGCAGCGUGAUCUCGCUGUUCUCUCUGAAAUGCUUCAAAAUGGGAAGCACUGAGGAUUCGACCAAAGCCAAAAUGACGCUGACGGCGGGUAUCAUGUUCGUUAUUUCAGGAAUCUGUGGCAUCACCGGAGCUUCCAUUUAUGCCAAUCAGAUCGUGGCCAGCUUCAUGAUGACCACCUACAACCCUAAUUAUGGUGGGAUGAACCAGAUGCAGAUGGAAGGAAUGGGAAUGGGAAUGGGAAUGGGCGGAAUGUCCAUGGCUAACAGGUUCACGUUCGGACCGGCUCUCUUCGUGGCCUGGAUCGGAGGAGGCAUGCUGCUCAUAGGAGGAGUUUUAAAGUGUGUGGCCUUCAGAGGCUUGCACGCCGAGUCCACCCCCUAUAAGGCAGUGGCGUAUAAAGCCGCUGGUCAGUCGAGGUCAGCGGACGAGGGCAGUGAGCGUGGACAGAAAUACGUAUAAAACACCUCCAUUACUGCAGGAUUCACAGCUGCUUCUUUACUGACUCUGCAGCGCUCUAUUAAACUCUUAAUUAUUCAUCUAUGUACACACGCAAUUUAUCAUAUAAACAUAUAAACAUUCUCUAAUCUCCAUCUCUCUCUCUUUCUCUAUCCCUUUUUCUCUAAACUCCAUCUCUCUCUCUCUCCUAACCCCAUGUGUCUCUCUCUCCCUCUUUCUCCUAACCCCAUGUGUCUCUCUCUCCCUCUUUCUCCUAACCCCAUGUGUCUCUCUUUCCCAUGUCUCUUGUUAUCUCUCCCCAUCUCUCUCUCUCUCCUAUCCCCAUCUCUUUCUCUCAACUCCAUCUCUCUCUCCCUCUUUCUCCUAACCCCAUGUAUGUCUCUCUCCUAUGUCUCUUGUUAUCUCUCCCCGCCUCUUCUCUCUCUCCUAUUACCAUCUCUCUCUCUCUCCUAAUCCCAUGUGUCUCUCUCUCCCCUGUGCCUCUCUAUCUCGUUACCUCCCCCGUCUCUCUCUCCCUCUUUCUCCUAUCCCCAAGUCUCUCUCUCUCUCCCUCUUUCUCCUAUCCCCAAGUCUCUCUCUCUCUCUGCAGUAUAAUAAACACAAUGAGGCUUUAAUAAUAAUGAGUUAAUACAGUAAACGCCUGUCUCUGCUCUCACUAACACACGUCCUUUUCUCUGGACUUAUUUUCAUAAUCAAUAUUGUGUUUGCUUUUUGUUUGUUUUUUUGUAAACAAUAAAUGGAAUUGGAAUAGAA